AUGGGACUUGGUGGCUGCCCUUUCGCACCUGGAGUCAAAGGAAAUGUAGCCUCCGAAAAUCUGGUGUAUAUGUUCCACAACGCGGGCAUUCACACUGGCGUUGAUCUACUGAAAUUGAUUCAAACGGGAGUUUGGAUCUCAGAGCAGCUUUCAAAGACGAAUGGCAGUCGAGCCGGGACAUCACUUGCACUUAAGAGCAAAAACUUAUCGAAAGUGAAGAUCAAGCCUUCAAAAGAUCCUUCAUCGGAAUGGGAUUUCGCGAAGGAAAUAGAACGGCUUCAGCUUCACCGAUUGGGUAUAAAUUUGAAGAUCACUUUGAAUCGACCCAAAAGUGGCAACGCCUUGACAGCAUCCAUGAUUUCAGAUCUCACUUCAGUAGUGAAAGCCGUCGGCGAAGAUCCACAGACAUCUCGCAUCAUCAUCACCGAGAACGGGCGGGUCGAUCACCGAAGCUCAGUUUCAGCGCUUGACUGGUUUAUUUGA